CACCUUACUUCUCCUCCCACCAUCCCGCCACACACUCUCUCUCUCUUCCCUGUGAGUUUUCCGCCGCCCCCUCCCCACGCCUGCCGAGCCGUCGCAGCCUCUCCUAACCGGUAAGUCUCCCUCUCCUCCGUCUCUCUCCCUCGCGGCGCCACCUAACACUGCCGACCAUCGCACCAAGCUCGAAGGAAAGAUGAACAAGGACAAGAUAUUCAAGCUGGCGAAGGGGUUCCGGGGCAGGGCCAAGAAUUGCAUAAGGAUAGCCAGAGAGAGAGUAGAGAAGGCCUUGCAGUACUCCUACAGAGACCGUCGCAACAAGAAGCGCGACAUGCGCUCCCUUUGGAUCCAACGCAUCAAUGCUGGCACCCGCCAACAUGGGGUUAGCUACGGUAAUUUCAUGCAUGGUCUGUUGAAGGAGAACAUCCAACUGAACAGAAAAGUAUUGUCAGAACUUUCUAUGCACGAACCAUACAGUUUCAAGGCCCUGGUAGACAUCUCUAGCAAUGCAUUCCCGGGAAACAAGAAUGUAGUGUUUCCUCCCAAAAAGGAGGGCAUUUCGAUUGUUGUGUAACUGGUAAUUCAGAACACUGAUCCUUCUCAUGGCCUUUUAAGGAAACUGAACAGUUAAAAGUUGGUGACAUUUUCGGCUUCCGGAGCAUCUUGUAAUUUUAUAUUAGAUCUUUCAAAAUUAUUUUGGUUC